UCUGUCAAUGUCAAAUUAAUGUCAGAUUUGCCCAAACAGAAAUUCGCAUAUUUAUAUUUAUUUAAUUUUAAGAACAAUAAAGAUGGGCUUGUUUGGUAAAUCUCCGGAGCGAAAUCCGAAAGAAAUGGUAAACGAAUGGUCUCAUAAACUUCGUAAAGAAGGCUAUAAUUUGGAUAGACAAAUAAGAGCAAUUCAAAGAGAAGAGGAAAAAAUUAAAAGAUCCUUGAAAGAAGCAGCUGGCAAAAACGAUAAGCAAGUGUGUACAAUAUUAGCAAAGGAAAUAAUUAGAUCAAGGAAAGCUAUUAGUAAAAUAUAUACAAGUAAAGCUCAUCUCAACUCUGUUCAGAUGCAGAUGAAAAACCAAUUAGCCACAUUAAGGAUAGCCGGAUCAUUGCAGAAGUCAACUGAGGUGAUGCAAGCAAUGCAAGCUCUAAUAAGAUUACCAGAAGUGGCACAGACCAUGCAGGAGAUGAGCAAGGAGAUGAUGCGUGCGGGUAUUAUUGAGGAAAUGCUAGACGAGACCAUGUCAGCUGUGGAGGAUGAAGAGGAAAUGGAGGAAGCUGCACAGAGUGAAGUUGAUAAGGUGUUGUGGGAGCUAACACAAGGCAAGCUGGGCGAAGCACCAGCGCCACCCAGCGCGGUAGGUGCGCCCUCAACCAGCCGCGAGCCUGCCGAGCCCGAUGAGACUGAACUGGAUGAGAUGCAGUCCCGCCUUGAAGCAUUACGCUCCUAGCCAUAUAUGAUGCCCUGGAUGGCAACAUUGAUUCCCACAGAUGUUCGCAACGCCUUUUAUGUAAAUAAUUGUUACGAAUUAAUAAGAACAAAUUCAAUUAAACUUAUGCGAAAGCUUUGUCUGAUUUUGUCAGCUUUAUAUUUUCGAAUAUUGCUAUAUAUGUAAACAUUUUCUUAGGACAUAUAGAUAAAUAUGAAUUUACAUAAAACUGAAAAUAUAUAAUUUUUAGUAAAUUUAUGCUUCAAUAUAAAUUAAUGUAUGGGCAAUAUUUGAAUGCCUAAUUUUCUCCUUUUAUUAUGUUAUGUUCUGUUUGAUUUUUUUUUAAAUAUAUGCAACCUUUUUUGGUUAUUUCCGUACAGUAUUUUUAUGGAAAAAAAUUUCCCUGUAUUAACCAAUGUGUCAGUUAAAAUUGCUAUAUAUAAGAAACUUAUAAGUAAAAUCUAUUAUGUUAAAUUUAUGUCUACAACAGAACUCUUUUUAUAUCACUUAGUGUACACUAAGUAAACAAAUGUGAAGUU